AUGGCUUCAACAGGACAACCAGCAUCAUCCUUAAAGCGAUCUGCAAUGAGAGAUGAGGAUCAGCUUAUUAUAACACCUUUGGGGGCUGGUAGUGAAGUGGGACGAUCCUGUGUUCACAUGUCUUACAAGGGGAAAGUUGUUAUGUUUGACUGCGGUAUUCAUCCAGGUUUCUCAGGAAUGUCUGCAUUGCCUUACUUUGAUGAAAUCGACCCUUCACUCAUUGAUGUUCUUCUUAUUACUCACUUUCACUUGGACCAUGCUGCUUCCCUUCCCUAUUUUCUGGAGAAGACCACAUUCAAAGGACGAGUUUUUAUGACACAUGCAACAAAAGCAAUCUACAAGCUGCUGUUAUCAGAUUAUGUUAAAGUGAGCAAGGUCUCAGUUGAUGAUAUGUUGUUUGAUGAACAAGACAUUCUUCGGUCCAUGGAUAAAAUUGAGGUUAUUGAUUUUCAUCAGACUGUAGAAGUUAAUGGUAUCCGCUUUUGGUGUUAUACUGCUGGUCAUGUCCUUGGUGCUGCCAUGUUUAUGGUUGACAUUGCUGGUGUUCGUGUUCUCUACACUGGAGAUUAUUCGCGAGAAGAAGAUCGUCACCUUCGUGCUGCUGAGAUCCCCCAGUUCUCCCCGGACAUUUGCAUUAUUGAAUCAACUUACGGUGUUCAACUCCACGAGCCACGGCAUAUACGCGAGAAGCGCUUUACUGAUGUCAUUCACUCUACGGUUACUCAAGGUGGUCGUGUUCUAAUUCCUGCUUUUGCCCUAGGCCGUGCACAAGAACUUCUCCUGAUCCUGGAUGAAUACUGGUCAAGUCAUCCUGAUCUUCACAAAGUCCCUAUAUAUUAUGCUUCGCCACUUGCAAAAAGGUGCAUGGCUGUUUAUCAAACUUACACUAAUGCCAUGAAUGAGAAGAUCCGGAAUCAAUUUGCCAGUUCAAACCCCUUUGAUUUCAAGCACAUCUUUCCAUUGAAAAGUAUUGAUGAAUUUAACGACACAGGUCCAUGUGUGGUUAUGGCAACCCCUGGUGGACUACAGAGUGGUCUGUCGAGACAGCUGUUUGAUAAAUGGUGCUCAGACAGGAAAAAUGCUUGUGUCCUACCUGGGUAUGUUGUGGAAGGGACAUUGGCUAAGACUAUUAUUAAUGAACCUAAAGAAGUUACCCUCAUGAAUGGCUUGACUGCUUCCCUGAAUAUGCAGGUCCAUUAUAUUUCCUUUUCGGCUCAUGCAGACUACGCUCAAACGAGCACUUUCCUGAAAGAGCUAAUGCCUCCGAACAUCAUUCUGGUUCAUGGUGAAGCGAAUGAGAUGGGAAGGCUCAAACAGAAGCUCCUUUCUGUCUUUGCUGAUGGCAACACCAAAAUCAUAACCCCGAAGAACUGCCAAUCUGUAGAAAUGUACUUCAACUCGCAGAAAAUGGCAAAAACUAUUGGAAAGCUGGCUGAAAAAAGGCCUUCAGCUGGUGAAACUGUGAGUGGUUUACUUGUUAAAAAGGGCUUCACCUAUCAGAUUAUGGCACCUGAGGAUCUUCAUGUCUUCUCUCAGCUAUCGACUGGGAAUAUUAUUCAAAGGAUUACUAUCCCGUACUCCGGCGCUCUUGCUGUUAUAAAAUACAGGCUUAAGCAGAUAUAUGAAAGUGUGGAGUCAUCAACGGACGAGGAAUCAGGGGUUCCCACUUUGCUAGUGCACGGUCAGGUCACAGUGAAGCAGGAAUCUGAAAAUCAUCUUUCCGUGCAUUGGACAGCGGAUCCAAUUAGUGAUAUGGUAUCCGACUCCAUUGUGGCUUUGGUUUUAAACGUCAGUAGGGAGAUGCCUAAGUUGGUGGUUGAUUCCGAACCCGUAGUAAACAAGGAAGAAGACACAAAGAAAGCUGAAAAAAUCGUUGAUGCACUCCUUGUUUCCUUGUUUGGAGACGUUAAAUAUGGGGAAGACGGGAAGCUGGUGAUCAAUGUGGAUGGGAAUGUAGCUCAACUAGACAAAGAAAGUGGCGAGGUCGAAAGCGAGAACAGUGGUCUUAAGGAACGAGUUAAGAUGGCAUUCCGGCGAAUAAAAAGCGCGGACAAGGAUCCGGCGCCUCUUUCUCAAUCAUCAAGAUCAAGUAGAAAAUUUGAUCUCUGCAUACAAAGAAUGAAGAGGACAACGUAUUACAAUGAUGCUGCUCAGAUGCAGGAUCAGUGGCCUAUUAAGAAAGCACUCACCCUCUCUGAUGUUGACAUUACUCAUCCGUUCUUGACAUUGUCCCGGCAACAAAUUGAAACUCAUAUUCUUGUGUAUAUGACACCUCAACAGCAGGAAGAUCUAAGUACCAAUGGCCAAGUGGGCUUUAAUGCCCAAGAUGAUGAUACUGGUGAUGUGUAUGUGAUGAAAUUGAAGUGGCGCGGGAGCUAUUAUAAUCUCAUUGGCAAAUGGGGAAAAGUGGUACGAGGAAAGGGACUUGAUGUUGGGCAAGAAAUUAAGCUAAGGUGGUUUAAUGGAUGCUUACACUUUUCUGUUCCAGAACAGCAGGUUAUUGCAGUUCCCCCAACUCGAACGGUUGCGGCCCCCUUAGUGCAGGACCACUGGCCUAUAAAAAAGGUCCUGACAUCCUCAGAUGUUGAUACUAAUCAUCCUUUUCUCCCAUUGCCUCGUAGAUCCGUGGAAGAUCAUAUUCUUGUGCAUUGGGUGCCACAAGAAAGAGAAGAAUUGAGAAAGGAAGAGCAGGUGUCAAUAAAUGCACGAGAUUAUGAUACAGGUGAAAUUCAUGUAAUGAAAUUGAAAUGGCGAGGUAAUUACUAUAAUCUCAUUGGGGGCUGGGCAAAUAUCAUUCGACAGAAGGGACUUGGCAUUGGUCAAGAAAUCAGAUUGCGCUGGGCAAAUAAUUGCUUGUACUUCUCAGUUCUAGUGGAGCAGUAUGUCCCAACAGCUUCUGGACAUGAUAAUUGGCCUAUCAAGAAAGCGCUCACAUUGUCUGAUGUGGAUACUAAUCAUCCAUUCCUUACUUUGCCAGGAAAAGCAGUUGAAGAUCACAUACUUUUCUACUGGUCACAGCAAGCUCGGGAACAGUUGAGGAAUGAACAUCAAAUUCGCAUUAAUGCUCGGGAUGAUGACACAGGUGAUCUAUAUGCGAUGAAGUUGAAAUGGCGCAGGAGUUACUAUAAUCUUAUUGGCAAGUGGGGCAAAAUCAUUAGAGAGAAGAGACUUCAAGUAGGAAGAGAGAUCAGAGUGCGCUGGGACAACGGAUGCUUGAUCUUCUCAGUUCCUGAGUGA